GAUCCAUGAAACAGAACAUGAUGCGAAUAACAUGAAACACACAGAAAAUGGCUCUUCUUAGUAACUGUACAAAUUCAACCCUAAAUAACUCCUUGUCAACAAAUUGUACAAGUUCAAAUGAAGAGAGCUUUACGCCAUUUGAUUUCGCCGAACCUGAAGCCAUGCGAUGGAUACGAAUUGUGGCGUACGGUCUUGUGUUCUUGUUUGGAGUCCUGGGGAAUCUGAUGGUCGUAUUAGCGUUUAGACAACCAAAGAUGAGAACCGUACCGAAUCUUUUCAUUAGUAACUUGGCCAUGGCUGACGGUGUAGUUUCGUUAGUAAACGUUCCACUGGUUGCCCUCCAUGCUCAUUUAUCGUACUGGCCAUAUGGUGAGUUUCUGUGCAAGUUAUUACCAUUUCUACAGGGCGUGUCGCUAGCUGCAUCAGUAGGGACUAUGAUGGCUAUAUCAAUAGAUCGAUACAUGGUAAUAGUACGGUAUGAUCGACCUAAGUUAACGCUAGUUAAGGCUAAGAUCUGGAUCGCAGUUAUCUGGAUAAUAUCCUGUAUCAUUCCAUCUCCAAUCAUUGGAUAUUCCAAUAUUAUGACUGUACCAGUCAAGGGGGUAAUGAGACCAAAGUGUGUUGAGACCUGGCCAAAUCCUGCAGCUGUCAAAGCAUUUUCAAUGAUGGUAUUCCUACUKUUAUACUGUAUACCGCUGAUCAUCACAUGUACCUUCUAYGGUCUGAUUGCUAGAGCAUUCAAGAAUCUACCAACCGCUCAAAAAGUAUCCCACAAGGCACARCGACGGAUCGUUCGUAUGUUUCUGAUUGUCGUUUUCUUGUUUGCACUUUGUUGGCUUCCCUAUCACGUGUUAUUCCUUUAUAUGGAUUAUGUGCUACGACAGUACACCAGUACCAUUGUCUCAUUGGUCCUCUUCGUGCAGUGGCUAAUCUUCGCAAACAGCGCCUGYAAUCCUAUCGUGUAUGCGGUCUUCAACACCAACUACCGUCGCCAGUUUAUGAACAUGGCAAGAUUCAGCUUUCAACGAGAUUACAGCAUUAGUAGAACAAUUCACGGCCCAAGAUCAGCAGAGGCACAUCAAUUGGCACUUGCUAAUGUGAAAGCUAUUGUUGGACGCCAGACAUCUUGCCCAGAAGCAUGCAACAUCGAAUCAAUCGACGUAAGAAGACCAACCAUUUAAGACAAUUAAACAGCUGCUCUUUAAACUUUAAUGCUUUAUGUUCUCAAUGGUUACAAUAUGACGUCAUAGAGUUAGGUUCACAUUCUCUAUGAGUUGACAAGUUUAAGAGAUCUGUAAGUCUCAAUCUAAUCCAUGUAUGUAGGUGGUGGAACCUUACAUUAGCAUCAUUAGACAUCGUGUUUGUUGCAUUAUAGAUAAUAUCUGACCCCUGACGAAGAAUUCUUUUUAUGAUUUCCAAAUAAAAGCAUAAUAAUA